AUGACCGCAGCAGAAUCUUCGAUGGCGAAGCCUGCAACCGAAUCUGUCCAAAAGAUCGGAAUGAGAGUCAACGGCAAGAACUGGCACGCUCCUAAGAAACCCUUCCGCCUGACUGCCGGCCAGACGACCUAUGCCAAACGAAAAGAACAAGAGGCACUCAAACAGGCCACCAAAGCUCGCGAACAAGAAAUGAAGCAGGAAAAAGAAGCCGAACGGACCCAACGUGUCCAGGCCAUCAAGGACAGGAGAAAAGCCAAAGAGGAGAAGGAGCGUUACGAGAAGAUGGCGGAGAAAAUGCACAAGAAAUUAGUCGAGAGGAGGAAGCGAAGAGAAAAGAGGAACAAGCUGUUGAAGAGCUGA